AUGGAAACCCGAACGGAUCACCAACCACCAUCCGGCGAUCCUUCGCCGGGGCGACCUCGCUGGGUGUUGCUCGAGCGCCGGGGCAACCUCCGCGAUGCCGAUGAUGCCGACGACAUGCUCUGCGAGGAUCCCGACGCCAUAGCAACACCGAGCGAGGAUCGUCCCGACGCCAUAGCAGCACCGAGCGAGGAUCAUCCCGACGCCGAGACCGUGGCGGAAGCUCUGGCCUCCGGAGGGCGUCUUGUCCGCGUCUCCUUCCGCUUCGCGGCGCCGCCGGCAGUGUCACGCCUGCGGGUCGACAGCCCCGGCCUGCCGGAGGGCACCCAGAUCCACGUGCAGAUCAUCGCGGCCCACGGGGACUCGGUCCUUAUGGAGAUCAAGAUCAGCAGACGUGGCCUGUCGUGGAGUAUUGACGAACGCGACUCGUCAGAUUACUUCGUCUAUAAUGCCGGCGAUGCCGCCGCCGACCCACCCCGCCCUCCAUCGCUGUCGCUGCUACCCCCAUGGCGCGAGGGGGCCCCCUUGCGGAAGCGAUAUAUGCCUGCCGCAUCCACUGCCCUCCUGCGCCGAGGCGACGAGGACCUGCUUGUGGCGCAGCUGACUCUCUGGGGUACGGAAGGAGAGGCGCCCCUCGAGGCCGAGCUCUGCCUGCUCAGAUCCGGUCGGUGGGACUGUGAGCUCAAGCGUCUGCUGGUCCUCCACGGCGACAGCAAGCGGCAGGAGUUGUCCUUCUGGCAGACGGACGCGGUCAUCCCCGUCGGCGACCGGUUCUUGUACUGGGUGGACUACUACCGCGGCGUCAUCUUCUUGGACGCGUGGGAGGAGACGCCCCAGCUCCGAUACGUGUCUCUCCCCAUGGAGCCGCGGCUGAAACGCCGGCAACACAGCGGCGGCUCGAGCAACCGCCACAUGUGCAUCCUCUCGGACGGCGGGGGAUCGGUGAGAUUCGUGCAGGUCCUUCCCCGCUGCUGCUGCGGCUGCCCGGGCGCCACCUUCUGCUCGCGCUCCCGCUACGCCUUCAACAUAACCACGUGGACGCUGAGGAUGGACGACAUGACGACGUGGGACAAGGUCGGCGUGGUCGACUCCGACGAGCUCUGGUCGCUCCCCGGCUAUGGCGGCGUCGUGCCGCGCAUCAGGCCGCAGUACCCCAUCGUCAGCCUGGACGACCCUGAUGUCCUCUGCUUCAUGGUGCACAAGUUCCCAUACCAUAUGGAGGACGUUGACGGCGACCAUACGAUACGGCUGAUCGAGGUGGACACCAAGCGCAUGGAGCUGCGGUCCGUCUUCUGUUAUGGCGACUUCUGCUCUUCCCCCGACUUCAUCCCCUGCAUGAUCUCCCAGUACUUCGCUCGCAGCCGUCCUCCGGCAAAGCGCCAUGAGCAAGUACCGACGGCGGUGGCGACAACAGCAGUUAAACUCAACUUGUCGGCCAUGGCUUCUCCUGGGGAGAUGUUGGCGACCCUUCGGGAGAUAGGUGACCUGACGCCUGAUGACAUGCUGAGAAUGUAUAGCAUUCUUUCGUGUGAUGGGAGCCAGCUCAAGUUCAGGUUACUUUUGGCACUUCCCAAAGACAUGAGGAAGGAUUACUGCCUCGUGCUUAUGGAAACCCGUCUUUAA